AUGAAGUCCUUUUCCAGUUCUGCAAUCAAUAAAACCGGCAAGAAAUUCGCCCCGAAGGCGCCUAUCCGCCGUGCGCCUGCCACCGCGCCCGCGAGACGACCUAGUGCUGCUCAACAGUCGCCAGCUGAGCCUGUUCAGCAAGAUAAAGCUAAAGAUGUAGUUGAAUCUGCUCUGGUGCCGCCUGUGGCUGCAGAUCCGGAAGCACGGACAGUCACAGAGGUAUCACCUGCGUCAGUCGCUGUGCCCACGACGGAACAAACACCCAUUCCUUUGAAUGCUACAGUCACUCUUCCGGUUACUACUCCUACCACCGCGCCCAUACCUCCUAUCCUUCCCAGUGCUACACAGACCGUCACACCUACCGAUACACCCAUAACCAAACCGACCCCGAUUCCCAAGCCGACUGCCAUCUCAAAGCCGACUCCGAUCCCUAAGCCAACUGCCAUCUCAAAGCAAACUUCGAUCCCGAAGCCAGCUGCGAUUCCUCUCCCACAAAAGCGCAAAGCCUCUCUCUCUAUAUCGCAACCCGCGCCCGUCUUGACCGCUCCGCCUACCCCUCCUUCCACUCAACCCACCCCAUCUCCAGCCAAUGUCCCGACUAGUGAGGCUCAACCUCCAUCAUCUGAGGAUCACGGACCAGAAACGGCUCUUCUAGAAUACGCCAGGAUUGAAACAGCGCGGGCCGCAGAAAACCUUGUCGAUUCAAAUGAAGCUCUUCCGCAAUCUCAACCUGAAACCGAACAAACCGCCCCAAUCGAGGGUCCACCAGCAAAGCGCGCUCGAACCUUAUCAACUACAGCCACUGCGGUCCCAGCUCGAAAGAAGUCCGUAUCCGUAGCGGCAAGCCGUCGAAGCUCCCAGUCAAUUGUGCCUACAAUCGAAGAUUCAAGCGCAACCCCCGGUGGGUCCAACCUUUCGACUCCGGACCCAACAAAGCCAAAGAAACGAAAGUACUCAAAGGCCGGUACUUCGGAUCUUGAGGGUAGCGAAAAACCAAAGCGCACGCGCAAGAAGCGCGAGCCCACCCCGGAAGGUGCAGAGACAGUGGAAAUCUUGCCAAAUGUUGUGAAAAUGUCCGAACUUUGCAAAGAUCUCAGAACUGGAAAGAAGUCCAAGCGCGAGACAGAGCUACGCAAGAUUGACCAGGCGGAAGAAGAACGGAAAAAGCAGGGUGGAACCCCUGGUCCAGGGACAGGAACGCCUGUCAAGCAAACUGAGCCCGAACUGGAGAAAUCGGAGAAACCGGUCGAUUGGAAACCCCAAAGUGGUCCCAUUAUGCGAAUCGUCAACGGCGAGAUCGUGCUGGAUAAUACGUCCUUGCAGGUCGAUCGUCACGCAGAUGCUGCCCGAGCAGCUGGCGACCUUGAAGAUGUGGUGGAAAGCUCGUUCACUCGGAAGAUCAAUCAGGCCUCGUACGGCAAGCGCACAAAGACUGAAACAUGGGACGAAGAGAUGACAGAUCUGUUUUAUCGUGGGCUCCGCAUGUUCGGUACCGAUUUUAUGGUGAUCAGCAAAAUGUUCCCGGGCCGGUCUCGUCGUCAGAUCAAGUUGAAGUUCAACAAUGAAGAGCGCCGUGAUCCGCAACGAAUUAAGGACACCCUGAUGGGCCCGUCUGAGACCAUCGACAUUGCAACCUACUCAGAGAUGACGAACACUGUCUACGAUGAUCCCAAACUUGUUCAGCAAGAACUUGACGACGAAAAGAAGCGGAUCGAGGACCAGCACGCCAAGGAGAAGGAGAUGCAAGAGGAAAUGCUGCGCAACCCAACUGGUGGUGAUGACAAGGAUGCCAAGAACGACAAGACGGUUAUCAAGAAGUCGCGCAAGAAGGCGGGCGUGAAGAGCCAGGGAGGCGGCACAGAGGAGGUUCUUGGAUCGAUCGAUGACUUUCCCAUGGCUUAA